GGGGCUAGUUGGCAGCAGGGGUAAGUUGACGAAUUGCGUUUAUCUGCAAAGUCUUUCAUCAAAAAGUGCCAAUAAUUUCAGGAAACCUUCUUAGUUGACCAUUUCAUCUUUCACUGUAGUAUUGUGGGGAUUUGCGCAUGCGCAUAAAAGAUAUUGUGAUUUAUGUGUUUUUUCCACAUUUUUGUAACUUUUACAACUUCUUUAUUUUUUCGAUUUUUAAAAGCAAUUUCAUCAAGUACAAGUAAACUUGAUUGGAGUUAUAUCUUGCAUGGUUCAGUAAAAUCUGUCCAACCAUUAUUUUUUAUUUAUAUACGUUUUUCAGGGAUCGGUAGGGGAGUUUGUGACCAAAUAGCUGUCGGGGUUAGUUGGCAAAAUUUUGGCGGGGCAAGUUGGCCGUAUAUAUCAACUAAACCCGGUUGCGAUUGGACAUAAAUUUUAACUUUUUCUAUAAAUUUUGAUUUAUUUUUUUAAAAAUCGAUUAGAUAGAUCACAUAUAUUACAUGCGAAACUAUAAAAGAAAAACAAAGAGGGCUAUAACUCCUCAAAAUGUUAUAAAAAAUGCUGUUGAUGCUGUUUUAUUAGAAGAAAAAUCUAUACGAAAAACAGCUAAAGACUUAUACAAUAUCCCUGAAAAAAGUUUGUCCCGAUACUGCAAAAAGCAACAACGUCAUAGUCAGCAAAUAUCAGGUUACAUAAAAUCUAGACAGGUCUUUACUGAUUUACAAGAAGGUCUGUUGGAACAAUAUGUGACUAAAGCUUCUGAUAUUUAUUAUGGACUUUCUCCUAAGGAAGUGAGGAAACUAGCUUAUCAGUAUGGAAAAGCGAAUAGCAUAAAAAUGCCUCAUAAUUGGAGUGCAAAUGAAGCAGCUGGAGAAGACUGGUUCAGUGCUUACCUCAAAAGGCACAAAAAACUGUCAAUAAGAAAACCUGAGGCAACAAGUCAAGCACGUGUUUCCAGUUUUAAUCCAACAAAUGUUCAAAAGUUUUACAACAAUUUACAAACUAUUCUUAAUCGUUUAAAGUUGGAAAAUGGAGAUAUUUGGAAUAUGGAUGAAACUGGUAUUACCACAGUUCAAACUCCAGAUCAUAUUGUAGCAAGAAAGGGUUUUAAACAAAUUGGGCGUGUUACUUCGGCUGAGAGAGGCAAUUUAGUAAUUGUGGCAGUUGCUGUUUCUGCCAGUGGAAAUUCAAUUCCUCCAUUUUUCAUAUUUCCUCGUGUGAAAUUUAAAAGCUAUUUUUUAAAUGGUGCUUCUGAUGGAAGUGCAGGCGCUGCAAACCCAUCUGGUUGCUAUUAGACAAUCAUGACUCUCAUCUUUCAGUAGAGGCUUUAGAUUACUUUAAAGAAAAUGGGGUAUCGGUUUGUUCAUUUCCUCCUCAUUGCAGCCAUAAACUUCAACCUCUAGAUCGAAGUGUAUUUGGACCUUUUAAAAAAUACACAAACACAGCUUGCAAUGCGUGGAUGACAAUGCACCCUGGUUCCACAAUGUCUAUUUACAGUUUACCAGGUAUUGUGGGUAACUCAUUUCCAUUAGCAUGUACCCCUAAUAAUAUCAAGGCUGGUUUUGCAAAAACAGGAAUUUACCCACUAAAUGUUAACAUUUUUGGUGAACACAAUUUUAUGCCAGCCUAUACCACAGAUAGACCACCUCCGAAACAAGACUGUGCUGUGGAAAGUACAGUGCUAAAUAUAAGUAAUGUAAUGGAUGUUGACUUUACAAUAUCUGAGAAUGACAUGUUAAAUGCUGGUUGCUCAAAAGAUAUAAAACCACGUCAAGAUAUUUCAUAUUCAAGCAGUAAUGAUGAACACAGUGCAUCUACAGAGUCAACUGUAGUUCUAUCGCCUGAAGAUUUAAGACCAUUCAAAAAAGCUGAACCAAGAAAAAGAGUUAGGGCUAAUAAAAGAAGUAGAACCACAUCAAUUUUAACAGAUUCACCAAAUAUGAAUGUUUUAAAAAUAGAGAAAGAAUCAGCUAAAAAGAAAAAGUUAGCAAUUGAAGAGAGAAAACAAGCAAAAAAGUUAAACGAAGAUAAUAUUAAGAUGAGUAAAAGAUCAAAUAGUAAAGGAAGUUUACACUUAAUGGAGAAAAGUUUGAAUUGUCCAAAUAGCUCUGUUGUAGAGGAGUGUUUUUGUUUGGUUUGUGUUGGAAUGUUUUCUAAAAGUAAAGCAGGGGAAGUUUGGGUUCAAUGCACCCAAUGUCACCUUUGGGCUCACGAGUCAUGUAUAAUCGGAAAAUCUUUGUUUUUCAUUUGCAAUAAUUGCUGCUAGCCGAUUUGAAACUCCAUUAGUUAAAAAUAUUCAUGUAAUAAAACAAUAUAAGUUUUAAUUCUUAUUGUAUAACCAUAAAUUGGGAACACUGUUUUGUUUUGUCACUGUA